AUGACUACUUCAUUGGAUGCUCUGAAAGCCACUGGCACCGUCGUUGUCUCCGAUUCUGGAGACUUUGAGUCGAUCGGCGUCUAUAAGCCACAGGAUGCCACGACAAAUCCAUCGCUCAUUCUGGCUGCUGCCAACAAGCCAAAUUACCAAAAUCUUAUCGAUUUUGCCAUCAAGUACGCAAAGGAGACAGGUGGAGAUCUCGACACCCAGGCUAACCUUGCUUUGGACCGCUUGCUCGUCGAGUUCGGCAAAGAGAUUCUCAAAAUCAUCCCUGGACGUGUUUCGACCGAGGUCGACGCUCGUCUUUCCUUCGAUAAGGAGGCAACAAAGAAGAAAGCUCUCGAGCUCAUCAAGCUCUAUGACAGUAUCGGCAUCCCAAAGGAGCGUAUCCUCAUCAAGAUUGCUUCCACUUGGGAGGGUAUCCAAGCCGCUCGAGAACUCGAGCGCGAUCACCAGAUUCACUGCAACCUGACCCUUCUCUUCGGUUUCGCGCAGGCGGUAGCUGCUGCCGAAGCCGGUGUCACCUUAAUUUCGCCAUUCGUCGGCCGAAUCCUUGACUGGUACAAGAAGAACACGGGAAAGAACUACGAGGGCGAUGACGAUCCUGGUGUUAUCAGCGUUAAGAAGAUCUUCAAUUACUACAAGCAAUACGGCUACCGCACCAUCGUUAUGGGUGCUUCUUUCCGUAAUGUUGGAGAAAUCAGAGCCCUUGCUGGCGUUGAUUUCCUAACCAUUAGCCCUAAUUUGCUGGAGGAGCUGAAGAAUUCGGCUGCGCCCGUUCCUAAGAAGCUUAAUGCAGAAGCUGCUGCUAAGGCAGACCCAAUACCGAAGGUCUCCUACAUCGAGAACGAGCCCGAGUUCCGCUGGUCACUCCUGGCCGAUCAGAUGGCAUUCGAUAAACUUCACGAGGGUAUUCUCAAGUUUGCGGCCGACGCUGUCACCCUCAAAGACAUUCUCAAGAAGAAGCUUGAGUAA